UAGACGACCAGGGUGAGUUAUGGGAAUGAAAGAGGAACCAUUCUCCCUAUUUCAACUCAUUUUGAAGCUGCUAUUUUAAGGAGGAGCUUCAGAUCCUCUAAAAAUGAUGUCAAACCAUGCUGAGACUUGAUAAUGGCAGUGAAGUUGAAGUUUUCCUUCGUCUUUCUUCUUUUAUUAGAUUUCAAUCAUCUCAACGGGCAGGAGAGGAUCAAGGUGUUUAAACCCAUUCUGCUGAGAUUCGAGUUCCCUUCAGUUUACAACAGUAGCAUGAAGUCCUGCUGCAGACUCUUUGUAAGGUUUUGUUACCCGCUGCUGGACAGCACAGGGUACACCUACGAGCUGCUGAGAGGAAGAGUGACCCAAACAGAGGGGGACGGCUGGAUUGAGUUCAAAAUAUCAAACGUUACGUUACAGGAUGCAGGAUACUACAGAUGCUCUGUGCUGGAAACACCAUACAUUGUCUACAUCAACACGUUUCUCGAGGUCACAGAAUCCUCAAUUCCCCACAGUGCGUCUCAGCCUCCCCCGACAACAACCAUCAAAACCCUCAGCACCUCCACAUCAAUCCGACCAGAAUCCACCGGGCCCGUCCUCUCACAGGGCAGCGCCCACAGUUCCAGCAUGCCCUGGAGUUUUGGCCUGCCCCUAUUGGUCGUUGUGUCAAUUACAGUGAUGAUUGUGAUCACUUUGGUUAUGGGUGUAGUAGUUUGCUGCAGACUGAAGGCAAAACCUGAACAGCCAGCAGUAGCAGAUGAAGAGAUGGCGCAGACUCAGACGGUCUACACUGAAGCUACACCUAAACAGCUGGAACAGCUGCAGCAGCAGGGCAUCCACUAUGAUGUCAUCACCUUCACUGAUGAAUAGACGGCUUCUUAAAACUACUGGGACUCAAACCUGCGUCGCCUAGGACCAAUACAAACCACUAUGAGCUGACAAGUACCGUGCAGUGACCUCAACUUAUUUAUGCAUCCAGCUGGCUGUGAACUAAAGCAUCGUGUCCUCCACGGUCUCAUCUGCUCGGGGGUGUUUGCACUGUUUAGUAAGAUCAACAGCUUUUUGUAAAUUCAGAUUAUUGCACCCAGCGCUUCUAACUUAAUCAUAGGGGCUGUGCAUUUAGGAGCGGGAUUGUAACUCUGAAAAUGUAUUUGUGUUUAUGUGCCUCAACUGCUUCGAUUUGCAAGACAAUGUUAUCAAAGAAAAUGAAACGGCUUAUAUCGUGUGUUUGGAAAUAUACAGAGUAUCCAAAUGAACAUUUUAGUUUUCAGAUGGAGAAAAUGGAAAGGGGAGCGUUUAUUUUUGAUCUGUAAUGAGACAUGUUGAUUGCUAGAAUGCCACAACCUCAUGUUUACUGAAUAUGAACAUGUACAUACCUUUUACAUUUGUCUUUUGUUCUGUGAAGAGCGAUUUGUUUUGAAUGAGUGAAUUUGAAGUGUUUAAUAAGCUAAAAGCUGACACCAAAUAAAUCACUUUGUGUAUAUUCUCUGUAUCCAUAAA